GUUCUGUUUCCUUGUCGGAGGUAGAGCUGUCUUAGGGGCCGCUUUUGACAAAUUUGCUCCUUUUCUUGACGCCACAGUUAUAUUACAUUUAUUAGCUAUCGUUACGGGAGUAAGAUGUCAUCAGAUAAGCUAACUUAUGGUCGCUUGGUGCCCGAGAGGGGAACUCGCGGCCGCCGGGAGCGAACAGGCGGCUUGCCCGGGUCUUGGGUAGCGCUGCUGCUGGGGGCGGGAGCGGUGGUCGCCUCCGCUGCGGUGGUGGCCGUGAUCUUGCAGAACAUCGGACACGAGAUGGGAGAUCUCCGGGCAAGAGUGGAGAGGGGACAGGAAGACAUCGCUAAACUCCAAGCCCGCGCAGAGAGCGCAGAGAGAGACCUAAAAGAGGCGCAAGCUCGGGCAGAGAGGGACCAAUCCAAACUCCUGCAGGAGAUUAUGUCCCUGAGAGAGAGGGUUGUGGUGCUGGAAACACAAACCCUAGACGGAAGUCUUCCACCGAGCCACGCCGAACAACAAACACCUGACACUGGUCCUGUGUCGAACCCUGAAGGAGACUCUAGUGACAUCAAUACGGGGGUGCAGAGCCGCAAUGACACGCUAGGGGGACAUCUGUACCGGCACAAAAGGGAGGCACCGAACGCGAACUGGGUCCGACUUCCCGCCAUCACAUGUGGGGGAGUUGAAGCCCAUUCCUUUUGUGGCUAGCUGGGAUGGUUGACUGUUGU